AUGGCCCAUAAAAUAGCUGUUAUGAUUAUUUUUUCCUUUCAGGUUACCGGAGCAAACAAAGGGAUUGGCUAUGCAAUUGUGAAUAAGCUCUGUUCGGUUUUUGACGGAAUUAUCUAUUUGACGGCACGAAAUGAAGAACUUGGUCUCCAAGCAGUUCGACAAUUACGGGAGACGAACAAAGAUGCUGGCGACAAAGUACAAUUUCACCAGUUAGAUAUAACCAAUGUUGAAAGUAUUCAUCGGUUAGCUGAACAUAUCAAAAAGAAUCACGAUGGUUUAGAUAUCCUAAUAAAUAAUGCAGCAAUGGCAUUUAAAGUGAAUGAUACAACACCGUUUGGCGAUCAAGCAGAAAUCACCGCUCAAACGAACUUCUUCGGCACAAUUAAUGUCUGUAAUGCACUCUUUCCUUUACUUCGAGAUCAUGCACGAGUCGUCAAUGUAACGAGUCGAGCUGGAAUGCUCGAAUCCGUGAAAAGUGCUGAAAUUCGGCAGAGUUUAACAUCACCAACUGCAACGAUUGAAAAUGUUUCUGAUAUACUUAGUGACUUCAUUCGAAAAGCAAAACAAAAUUCACAUCAAGAGAAUGGUUAUCCGAAUAGUGCCUAUGGGAUGAGUAAAGUUGCUUUAACAGCAGCUACGUUCAUUCAACAACGUUUAUUCGAUCAAAAACCCGAACGAGACAUCGUUGUGAAUGCUUGCUGUCCGGGCUAUAUCAAAACAGAUAUGUCAUCGAACAAAGGAAUAGGUUCACCUGAUCAAGGUGCUGAUACACCUGUUUACUUAGCAACACUAGAAUCGAACGUCAAGUCGCCACGCGGAGAAUUUGUUGCUGAACGAAAGAUUCUCAAAUGGAAAUGUUAA